AUGGAGGGGUUCAAGCUCGAAGCUGUCUCGGCGUUUUUCGUGGCAUGUAUCCUUGGGAUAUCUGCACAAAUUGGCGCAAAUGUAUGCUCCCGGACACAAACUGUUUACCAGAGACAAAGAGUGUGUGCCUACAGAACAUGGCUGAGUUGUUGUUAUUACCGGUACGUUCUGAAGUGUUCCUAUAAAAGAGUGAGUUACUGCUGCUCUGGAUAUAGAAAUGUCAACAACAGAUGCAUCCCCGUGUGCUUUGGACAGACAGACAGAUUGGGUUGCAACAAUGUAGGGACAUGUGUAGCUCCAAACACGUGUAAUUGUGAUAGUGGUUACUCCGGGCCACAGUGUGAUAACAAGGUGGCCUGUUCUACCACUAGACCCUGCUACCCUGGCGAUUGCCCCAAUGCAGAUAGCUGCACGUGCUCAACAGGCUUUGGAUCAAGAAACUGCACUACAAUUACACAAUCUCCUACAAUAACCCUUGCUUCUGCUGUUUUGGCAUAUCACCAUCCAACUAAACUCAUGGAUAUCUACAACUUUACCACUGAUGCAACAACGAUCGGAACCGAAAAUGCUUCUAGUGCAUCUAUUUGGGCAAACUUUAAGAGAUUUAAUGAAAUCCGGGCGAGUUUCUCUGCAAUAUUUGGUCUGGAUGAUCAGCUCUCAGCCAGACCAAGCUACGUUUCUGAGUCCAAUAUAGGCGUUGCUAAAGCAACGAUGGAAUGGGAGCUUAUAAAACUAAGAAACGGCAUUCCACAGAGAGAGGGUGGUAAUUCCAGUGCCUGUCGUGAAGUUUCCGAGACUAACCCAGAUAGUACCUUACAGGAAUGCCAGGUGGAGUUUUUCAACCCUCUUGCUAGCGACAGCGGUGAUGUAUUGACAUUGAAGUUUGAAGUUGAGAACGGGGGGUACGAGGUUCUCUCUGGCGGAGUUCGACUUCCUUUUAGACAGCAUACAUCCGCUACGGCAUCAGUUACUUAUAGAAUCGACUUGGAUAAACCCGUACCUACUCCUAGCACAGCAUUUAGAGUGGUGGAAUCUUUCACCAAAACAGCCAUCGAAACCCGUUGGUCAGGAUGGAAUGAUAUGCUUUCUGGAAUGGAGAGUUACAACUGGGAAAUCUUUGAACUUCAAAAUCAGAGUGGAACUCUGCGAUACGUAAAAAGAACUAAAGAAAAUUGUAUAAAUCCACAGUUUGGAGAUACUUGUAAUGCUUUCUUAGACCCAAUAUCUAGUAUGAAAUACAACCAUUCUGACGAAGAGAAAGUAAUGGUGUACUCACCACGUAGAGCGGGUGUUUACGCAAUGAUACUAGAGGCCUCAGAUAGGGCAAACAAUUCUGAAUAUGUAGCACGCUAUGUAGUGUAUGAUCCAAGUUCAUCAAGUAUAGAAAUACAAACUGGGAAAAAUGACAUAAAAGCUCUAUCAGGGUCACCAAACGCUAGCUAUAAAUGGCAGAUUUUGUCAGCGCCAUCACAAAGUAAUGUUCGAGUGGAAUUCUCCUGGGAGGGACAUUUCAUAAAUCGUCUUCAUCAGGAGGAAGGCUUUUUAAACAUAAUUGAAGAUUACAAACCGCAACUGGAGGACGAAAGCGCCGCCCCUGGUGUGUUCCCAAAAACUGUUAGCUCCAAGUACAAAGAAUCAGGGACAGAUACACGACCACAAGAAGAAAUUCCGAACAAACUGGGAAUAACGAGAUUUGAAACAUAUUUUGAUGACACUGGAGAACAAACUAUUGAUGUAAAUUCAACACUUCACUGGAGUGACCAGAAUUUAACUACUACAUUUUCCAGUACCAUCGGUAGAGAAAUUAGGGAGGGGGAUUCUGUAAAGCUGUGGGUACGAGCGGAGGAUAAAAUGGGGAACAGGAAUCUCUCCUUUAUUCAGUUGGGGUUUGAUGCCACCGGUCCAUUACUGUAUGAGGCAAUGUUUAUGAAGAACAUGGGAUCGAAAUACACAUACGGCAGCAAACUUUGGUUUAAAGCUGCGGAUGUACACAGUGGCAUUUCUCAGAUCUACUUCCGCAUUAUAAAUAAAUCCAACGGUUCCGUGGCAGAAAACGGCACUGUUAAUGUCAACAGUUCAACAAAGGUAAGAGGUAAACCAGAUGAAUCGUAUAAGGUUCGUGAUUUAUUCUACUUUUACCAACAAGAGCUGGAAAUAAACAAUUGUUGGUUUCGAGUUCCAAAGGAAAGACAGGCCUCUGAUCGGUUUGCUGUAGAAGUCACCGCUUAUAAUGGCGCCAUGCUGCAAAAUCAAACCACAGUUGAUGUUAACUUAGAAGAAUUUAAUGGAAUCGGGCAAUAUCAGACCGUGAAAUCAGUAAUACUACUAGACAACACCGGAAGUGGUGUUCGAUUUGGUUGGAAUCUGACAGAGACGUGUUACAGACGCCAAAACAUCAUUUUAAAAUACAAUGAUGGGGAAAAACACAGGAAACUGGUGAAUGCUAGGGUCAAUCGAUUCGAUCUCCGGGGCUUAAAGCCACUUACCCGGUACAACGUCAGCUUCACCAUAGAAUAUGACGAGGGUGAUAUAAGCGACCCCGUGUAUUUCGACUUCAGGACGGCAUCUGUACCUGUUGCGCAAAGCGGACUAACACCUGGAGGAAUAUCUGGAAUUGUUGUUGCCAUUUGUCUUCUGUUGUUAUUUGUGAUUUUCGUGCUGGUGUUGUAUAAAACUGGUCGUCUGCGCAAAGCGGAAGUCAUCAUUGCCCCGAUUAGAAACACAAUCAGGCGGCACAGAGAUGGCGCCGGAGCCAUCGGUUACCAGCAGUAUAAUACUGGAGGAUAUGAAGAGGAGGACAUUUACUUAUAUGGGGGACUCACGUUUGAGAAGGAACCAGAUUGGCAUUACAGGAUGGAGGACGUAUCUCUGGAUGUCCUCCUAAAGACCGGGAGGUUCGCCAUGAUUUAUAAAGCCACAGUCUAUAAAAAAGGAAAUCCAAAGGAAUGUGUAGCAAAGACUCUAAAAGAUGGAUACACUGACGAGGAUAAGGUUCUGAUGAUGGCGAAGAUUAAUUUUUUCGGAACAAAGGUUGGGGAACAUCCAUGUAUCCUGGGGUUUAUUGGAGCAGUAACAUCUGAACAGUCUAUUGGCCCAAUCAUGCUACUGGAAUAUUGUGAAAAUGGAACACUUAAGGACUGGUUGGUAGAUCGACAGAGUUCCGUCACUGAUGACGUCAUUGAGAGUCUCUUCCGGUUUUCCUACGACAUUUCCAGAGGAAUGAUGUACUUAACGAGUAGAGAAAUCAUCCAUAUGAGACUGGCAGCAAGGAAUGUGUUUCUAAGUAAGAACCUGAGUGCUAAGGUAGCAGGGUUUGGACCACGGCAGGGGGAUGAAGACGACGAGUCAUCUAGAAAGGAAAGAAUACCAGUGAAAUGGAUGGCUCCCGAGUGUCUGAAUAAGUCUGGAGCUGCAUCCGAGAAAAGUGACGUCUGGUCUUACGGUGUUACUGUGUGGGAGGUCUUUACGAUGGGUGGUACCCCGUACGACAAUGUACGUAGCAGAGAUCUUCCAAAAUGGCUGAAACAAGGGAAUCGAUUGAGUAAACCCGAAUAUUCGGAUGAUUUGCAUUAUGAGAUCAUGAAGAAAUGUUGGGCUAUGGAACCAUCUGCUCGGCCAUCUUUUGGAGAAAUCAACAAACAGAUUGAAUCUCUGUUUCGUCAGUCAUCCGGGGAUUUGUACUACUAUGAUGCACAGAAAUGACCGAAAGUGAGAAAACCCCGGAUGUUAAACGAACUGCAUGAAUAAGAAGCAUCAUUGCAAAUUUCAAAAGUC